AUGAAUAAAAAGAAAGAAAUAUUUAAAGCCAUAAAAAAAGGAGAAGAUUCAUGUGCCAUCAUUCAUCAAAAUUAUUUAAAAGAUAAAGAUAAUUAUAAUCCUGAAUUUGAUAUUGUUCGAGAAUGUUUUAAAGGUUUUAAUUAUGAUGCAAAUAGAGCUCAAAGGAUAAUCGAUAGUAUCAAAAAAACACUGGAAAAUUUCUACCCAUUUUUGGAUCAAGCAAAAGAAUCACCUCAAGGUGGAUUCACUUUUGAAUCAACUGAUAUUAUUAGAGAACUUGAUUUAUUACUUUUAAAUCCUUAUUAUUCCGACUUUGAAUUUAUGGACGAUAUAACUUCGACACUUAUGAAACUCAAGGAUGAAAGUAAUGGAUCACAAAUUAUAAAAAUAUUAAAUGACGAGAUAGAUUCAUCAUUGAAAGAUUGUGAAGUAAUCUUAAUUGAUGGUCAACCUGCUAUGUCCGUUCUAACAAGAUUUGCCAAUAGUCAAACUUUCAUCUCCAGAGAUCUUGGAGUAAGAUUUAAUUCCAUACUUGGGUCCAUAGGUCUCGAUAACGGAAAGUUCCGUAUUUCUCAAUAUACUCAACAAUUCACCAAAUCACGUCGUCUACCUUCAAAAUCUUCUCAUAGUUAUCUUUUAAAAUGUGGAAUUGGGAUUAAAAUAAUUAAUCGAAAUUGGAAGAUUAAUUCAUCUUUUUAUGAACAAUUCAAGGAUUCGAAUUCUUAUUGGAAUAAUUUUUGUGCUGCUACCACAUCAAUUAGAAUACCAGAUGUUUUUAAUGAUUUUAAUCCUGGAGAAACGUUUGAUAAUUCAUUAUCAACAGGAAACUUAAUUCAUGAUGCAAACUUUGCCAGAUUUUAUUUAUCAAAUGAUAUUGGAAUAGCUGUACUUUCUACUUUUGUAGUAGGAAAUAAUGAUCCAACGAUUUUAAUGAAUAAUUUAAUGACAGGAUUUGAAAAUGAUGCAAAAAUUACCGAUUUUUCUAAACUUACUAUUAAAACUGCUACUGACAAAAAUUUAACCAAUUCAAUAUUUUAUUCAUCACAAUAUAAAUCUUUUUCCACUUCGGAAGAUGGAGGAAAUGAAGUCUUUACUAAUUCUUCAAGUUUCAUUGGUAAUAAUGUAUACAACCGUGGUUACACCAAAUCACGUUACACGAAUCAAUUUUCUUACGUUAAAAAUUCUAUUCUUUUUCAAGAAGUUUUUAAUAGUCGUGAUAAUGUUAAUAAUAAAUUACCUUGGACAGCUAAAGACAUGAUAAUAUUGACAAAUGGUAUUUGUGGAUCCGCAUGUGCCAUGAUAAGUCAACAUUUAUCAGAAUUAAAUGGUGUUCUAACUGUAGCCAUUGGUGGAUAUGAAAAUGCCCCUUUAUCAUUUUCUUCAUUUCCUGGUGGACAAAGUUUUAAUAAUUUACAAUUAUUAUCUUCAUUACAUCAAAUUGGAUUAAUAUCUGAUGAAAGAAGUCCUAAACCAUUUGAGGUUGAUGCAUUUUUUAAUUUCCCUAUUUUCGAAAUUUAUAGCUUCAAGAACAAUUUACAAGUAUUAGAAUUUAGUUACCGUACAGCUGAUCGAAGAUUAUUUUAUGAUGAAAAGAGUAUAAGAGAUCCUAUCACUUCGCCGCCGAAAUAA